AUGGAGUUAUCGAAAAUCAACCCCGGAUUUGUCGCAACAUCAACACAGGGUGAAGUUGUCGGAACAUCAAGCCCGGAUGUAGUUGUCAUAACAUCGAGCUCGGAUGGAGUUGUCGAAACGUCAAGACCGAAUGUAGUUAUCGCAACAUCAACACAGGGUGUAGUUGUCAGAACAUCAACCCCGAAUGUAGCUGUUGAAACAUCAAGCCCGGAUGUAGUUGUCGGAACAUCAAGCCCGAAUGUAGUUGUCGCAACAUCAACACAGGGUGUAGUUGUCGGAACGUCAAGCCCGGACGUAGUUGUCGGAACAUCAAGCCCGGAUGUAGCUGUUGAAACAUCAAGCCCGGAUGUAGUUGUCUGUACAUCAAGCCCGGAUGUAGUUGUCAUAACAUCGAGCUCGGAUGGAGUUGUCGAAACAUCAACCCCGGAUGUAGCUGUUGAAACAUCAAGCCCGGAUGUAGUUGUCGGAACAUCAAGCCCCAAUGUAGUUGUCGCAACAUCAAGCCCAGAUGUAGUUGUCAUAACAUCAAGCUCGGAUGUAGUUGCUGGAACAUCAAGCCCGGAUGUAGUUGUCGGAACAUCAAGCCCGGAUGUAGUUGUCGGAACAUCAACCCCGGAUGUAGCUGUUGAAACAUCAAGCCUGGAUAUAGUUGUCGGAUCAUCAAGCCCGGAUGGAAUUGUAGGAACAUCAACCCAAGAUGCAGUUGUCGGAACAUCAACCCCGGGUGUAGUUGUCGGAACGUCAAGCCCUGAUGGAGUUGUCGGAACAUCAAGCCCGGAUGUAGUUGUCAUAACAUCAAGCUCGGAUGUAGUUGCUGGAACAUCAACCUCUGAUGUAGUUGUCAUAACAUCAAGCCCGGAUGUAGUUGUUGCAACAUCAAUCCCAGAUGUAGCUGUCGGAACAUCAAGCUCGGGUGGAGUUGUCGAAGCAUCAACCCCGGAUGUAGCUGUUGAAACAUCAAGCCCGGAUGUAGUUGUCGGAACAUCAAGCCCGGAUGUAGUUGUCAUAACAUCGAGCUCGGAUGGAGUUGUCGAAACAUCAACCCCGGAUGUAGCUGUUGAAACAUCAAGCCUGGAUAUAGUUGUCGGAACAUCAAGCCCGGAUGGAAUUGUAGGAACAUCAAGCCAAGAUGCAGUUGUCGGAACAUCAACCCCGGGUGUAGUUGUCGGAACGUCAAGCCCUGAUGGAGUUGUUGUAACAUCAAGCUCGGAUAUAGUUGUCAUAACAUCAACCCUGGGUGGAGCUGUCGGAACAUCAAGCCCAGAUUUUGAUGUCCUAACAUCAACCUCGGAUUUAGUGGUUGAAACGUCAAGCUCGGAUGUAAGUCUCCAAACAUCGAUCCCGGACGCAGGUGUACAAACAUCACACCUGGGUGAAGCUGUUCAAACAACACUUUCUGCUGUGAUAAGUACUGGUUCAGUUAUCGCAUCGACAAGCCCUGGUGUAUCAAACACACGUUCUGUUAUGUCAGACUACACAUCUGCGUCGAUAGAUCCUUCUCCAACGACGCAUGACGUUUCAUCCACCGUCAUUCCAACAACAUCACUUCCUCCACCGACGUUGUCCAUGACCGAUGUCAGUGUCUACGAAGGAGACGGGGACGCGAUUCUCCUGUGUCAGAUGGACAGAAGCUACACAUUGAGCAGUGUGCACUUCUUCAAGGAUGACGCCCUGUUAGGUAUACUGGAGUGCAACACUGGCCAAUGGAACAACACUGACAGACUGAACUUCAUCAGACAGGAGUUUGUGGCGGAGAACCAGACUGACACGUGUGCCCUGGAGGCGACCUCCCAGUUUUACUAUGCCUUCAGCAUGGCAUGGAAUGCCUCUAGCAUCUGCUGUAACGUCAAGCAAGGAGCUAACACAUCCACAGCCUGUGGAGAUGUUCAUGUUAUUCCAUCGGACAUGUGCGUGAACCGGACUGGGAAAUUAGAGCAUCCCUACACGUGUCAACUCUGGAUCUCAUGUGUCAACGAUGUUGUGUACAUCUCCACAUGUGGGGAAGGCCAGUGCAUUGAUGUAGAGAAAGAUGUGUGUAUGUCAGGAGGUCCUCCUCCUGGUCCAUCAGGUGAAUUCUCCUGUGAAGGCAGAGUGAGUGGCGAUCGCAUACCACGAAGUUACACAUACCCAAGUCACUGCAGAGAGUACUACUGGUGCGUGAAUGGUGCUCCCGACAACAUUACAUGUCCUGGGGAUUCCUAUGUCAUCUGGAAUACAACAUCAGAGUUGGCCUGUACUGACGAUUAUGCUCUUUCAUAUUGUGCUGUGAAAGCUGCUAAUGAAAGUGCGAGUGGGACAGGAACGACUGUGGCGCCAGACAAAACCACGACGAUAGAUCCUUUCUCCUGCAAAAGCAGAGCAACUGGCGACAAUAUUCCUCGUGAAUACACUCAUCCAGAUCACUGCCAGGAUUAUUAUUGGUGCGUAAAUGGAGCUCCCCUCAAUAGGACGUGUCAGGGAGAGUCCGUUUUCCUGGCUAAUGCAACACAAGCUUUGGCCUGCACCGACGAUCUUUCACUUUCAUAUUGUGCACAGCAACGUCCCCCAGCCACUGCUGGUGAUAAUAACACUGAAGAUACAACCGUCACUACCGUGGAUCCUUUCUCCUGCGAAAGCAGAGCAACUGGCGACAAUAUUCCUCGUGAAUACACUCAUCCAGAUCACUGCCAGGAUUAUUAUUGGUGCGUAAAUGGAGCUCCCCUCAAUAGGACGUGUCAGGGAGAGUCCGUUUUCCUGGCUAAUGCAACACAAGCUUUGGCCUGCACCGACGAUCUUUCACUUUCAUAUUGUGCACAGCAACGUCCCCCAACCACUGCUGGUGAUAAUAACACUGAAGAUACAACCGUCACUACCGUGGAUGGUUAAAUCAAGCCCUGUUCGUGAAGACACAGUCAUACACCUCAGCACAUGAUGUGGGAUGUUCUGUGACACACUGGAUAUGAAGGAUUGAUGGACAGUUGACGGAUAUUACUCACAUCGGGACUUUCCUGUUUUCAUUUAAUUGAUAAUACAUAACAAAUACAGACAAGUCCAUCACUAUCACUGGCAUUGAUUCCAGAUAAUUCCUGACUGUCUGAAGACGCUUUCAUAUCUGUAAUUAUUCAAAACAUAAUACUACCGCAGUUGCUUGUAUAUGUUGGAAAAUAUACGCGUCAUUUGUGUUGGUUUAUUCAGCAUAUUAUCAUCUACCCUAUCAAAACGCCACAUCAGCAAACCAAAGUAAUCAUCUUGCAUCACAUAGUUGUUAGUGUUUGUUUCUAGCCGGGUUUUUUGUUUGAAAAUGAAAAUUGUACACAUGCAAAUUUCACGUCAUACACCAAUCAUCUUUCAAGAGCAAUCAACUACAUGUAUGGUCAUAAGGAUGUGCUUGUGGUGAUGCACUCUCGAAACAUUCAUUAUUGUCAUUUCAACAUUGAUUGACUCCGAUAUAUUUCCCAGUUUUUUCAAUCGUAAAUUAAAAAUGAAGUUCCCCUAGUUUUUGAAGAGUAUAUAUGCCAUGUGCUACUAUAAGGGUUUUUGGUCUGUCCGAACGUCUUUAUCAUAACGUUUACGGACGGACUUACAGUGAGAUGUUGUUUACUAGAACAACGAUUAAGAAUGCGGGCAUUCAAUUCCAUUGUUUGUCGUUUGACGUAAAGAGGUCCAUGUGUAAACUUUGAGUGGAAACGUUCGGUGGAUGCGUCAGUUCAAAUCAUCUUCUUGAGGAAGGAUCAUUAGAUAUAGGAAGAGUGGGAGGUGACAAAAUCAAAUUUGGUGCCAUAUGUUCUGUUUCGGAAGAAUAUGUUUUGUUUUCAUAGAAAAAUAGAUACUCCUCUAAGUAUACAAAAAUGCUUGGGAUAAUACAGAAAUUAUACUGUUGAAACAGAGCGAUAAAAUAUCAAAUUAAAUGUCAUUUCACCUGGGAAUACUGAACAGUUCAUUUUUACUUAUUACUUACUGUGUAUUUAAUUAUGUAUUUACAAUUUAUGGCCUGUAUUCUUGUCCGAGUUAUGUUUAGCCGACAGAACUGCUUAUGUAUAUAAAAGUAAAUAGUCUAACGGAGAUUGCGUUGAAUUACGACGAGGAAGGUAAUGUCACGCUAUUGAUAGCUCAUUGCCUAUUUAUAUUGUUUCCGUUUUAUUAUUGUAAUAUAUAUUAUGUGCAUGUAUAUUAUUAAACAGUGUUACAUAUAUGUUCUGAUAACUGUUGUCUUUAGGCAUGCCGAGAUUACUCAUGUACGCCGUCAGGUUAGGAUUGGAUAUGAUUUGUAUAGUGGAUAAUCCAUGUGCUUAAAUAGAUCCUUAAUGUUGAACGUGUAGUUUUGUAUACAUCACCAGGGUUAUUUUUAAAAUCCUGAUUGGUCCUUUAAAAACCGACAUCGUUUCACUGGAUGUCAGAAACCCUAGCGGUUGAGAUAAGAAACCACCUGGAAGGCUAAUCAUCGGACAUAUACAACACUAAAUGGACAUAGAAUCAGAUGUGUCUUGUUAAUGUAUCAUUGACUGUUUGUUUGUUUCUCUAUCCUCUCCACAAGUGAAAAUAAAACUGUCCAGAAAGCA